AGCCCUGGGCUUCCGGAGCCGGUGGGAGCCUGGCAUGAGCAGCCCCUCCCUCCUGCCUGCUGACUGCCCUCCCCUCCUCAGGCAAAAGGUUGCUCAAGGAGACUCCAGGAUUUGGGGUCCGCCUGGCCACGUCGCCAGGAGUCCUUUUUGCUGAGCAUCUUGUCAGAGUUCCCCAGCAGAGCUCACAGAGCCUCAGGAAGCAACGGGAAGGAAGCUGAGGGAUCCUGGCUACACCGAGCCCAGGUGAAGCAGCCGUGAGGCUGGACUGAUGGGGAGGCUGGCAUGUCACAGCACCGAACCCCCUGCUCCUGCACCAUGAAAAUCCUGCUCUGUGACCUUCUGCUGCUCACCCUCCUCUCCAGUGUCCUCAGCAGUUGUCCCAGGGACUGCCUCACCUGCCGAGAGAAGCUCCGCCCCACUCCAGACAGCUUCAGCCUGGAGCUGUGCAUCCUCCAGUGUGAGGAGAAGGUGUCCCCCAGCCCCCUCUGGUCUCCAUGCACCAAGAUCGUGGCCAGGGGCUCCUGGCAGCUCGGUCCUGCUGACCCUGAACACGUGGUGGCCGCUCUUUACCAGCCAAGAGCCUCAGAGAUGCAGCAUCUGAAGCGAAUGCCCCGAGUCCAGAGCCCAUUCCAGGCACAGGAAGAGACAGAGCCAGGCAUGGAGGAGGCUGGAGAGGUGGAGCAGAAACAGCUGCAGAAGAGGUUUGGGGGCUUCACUGGGGCCCGGAAGUCAGCCAGGAAGUUGGCCAACCAGAAACGGUUCAGUGAGUUUAUGAGGCACUACCUGGUCCUGAGCAUGCAGUCGAGCCAGCGCCGGCGCACCCUGCACCAGAAUGGCGUCCUGGUGAUCCCCAAAACAGCAUGUGUCCAGCCCCAGACCUGCCGGCUGGGAAUCAGGAUUCCUUCCUCUCCGAGACACUGAGAGCCUGCUGGCCCUGCGGGGUCACCCUCCGGCACCUCUCAUCCCAUUGUCUCCCCUCCCCUGGCAUGGUUCCCCACAACCCUGUUGCUACAUCAGAGUGUAUUUUUGUAAUUCCUCCAGCUAGCAUUUUGAUGCCUCCAUCUUUCCUUCUCACCCACCGCUUCUCUCUUCUGGGGCUGGGUGGAAGGAAAAUGAAAUCAAGCCUGGGGUUUCCACUCAUCACUGCCAUACUUUGUAAAAGAGCUGGUGUUUUCAACUGAUUCUUUGAAACAACUCUUUCCCCAUUAAACUUCUACUGAGCAAAUGGUUAAUAAACUGGUUUGCUGUCUGCAAGCGGUGUGACCGAGAAGCACAGCCUGAGGACAACCUCAGAGCCAGAGCCGUCAGCCCGUCAGAGCCGUCUCUCCAGGGAGCUCCGUGUCCUA